AGAAAAACACAUAGUCAUGUAUUGGUGCGCACUGGAGUUGAAGCUUUUCCAAAUCCCGCUACAUCUACAUCGACUACUCCGCUCUACAGUCCUCAGAUCACAUAAUAAAGCAGGCCUACUGCAAAUAUAGGCAAACAUUUUUAAUUUUUUUAACUUUCCAAUAUUUUCACACCACAAACCACAAUGUUUUGGUCAGUAUUGUGCGUAACGAUUUGCUUGGCAUCUUUGUUUGCCGAAGCUCAGAUUUCCAAUGGGUACAUUAUCGGCUGUCCUAGUCGUUGUGACAAAAAGAUGUGUCCCCGUAUGCCAGCGGAGUGCUUAACAGGACAGGUCCUGGACCACUGCAACUGCUGCCCCGUGUGCGCCUCCGGAGAAGGCGAAGCGUGCGGCGGCAAUGGGAAGCUUGGAGACCCGGUGUGUGGAGAAGGGUUGGAAUGUUCGGUGUCAGGCGGAGUUGGGUACUCUGCCACGGUCAGAAGGAGAGGGAAGAGCGGUGUUUGCUCCUGCAAAAUUACAGACCCUGUAUGUGGCAGCGAUGGUGUUUCCUAUCGUAACUUAUGCGAGCUGAAGAGAGUCAGCAACCGCGCUUUGAAACUUCAGCAGCCACCUGUGCUUUUCAUUCAACGGGGAACUUGUGGAAAAGCCCGAGACAAUCCAAACAGUCUGAGACACAAAUACAACUUCAUUGCUGACGUGGUGGAGACUAUUGCCCCAGCCGUGGUCCACAUUGAACUCUACCGCAAGAUGACAUAUUCUAAGCGGGAAGUGGCUGUGGCAAGUGGCUCAGGGUUUGUGGUAUCAGAUGAUGGACAGAUCGUGACGAAUGCCCACGUCGUGGCCAACAAACAUAGAGUUAAAGUAGAGCUGAAGAGCGGUGCCACCUACGAAGCCAAGAUCAAAGAUGUUGACGAGAAGUCCGACAUCGCACUCCUUAAGAUCGACUCGCCGAACAAGCUUCCUGUGCUGCUGUUAGGCCGUUCAUCAGACUUGAGGCCUGGGGAGUUUGUGGUUGCCAUCGGAAGCCCCUUCUCCCUCCAGAACACAGUUACCACAGGGAUAGUCAGCACAGCCCAACGAGGGGGCAAGGAGCUAGGCCUACCCAACUCUGAAAUGGAAUACAUCCAGACAGAUGCCAUUAUUAAUUACGGCAAUUCAGGAGGCCCCCUGGUGAAUCUGGAUGGCGAGGUGAUUGGGAUCAAUACUCUAAAAGUGACAGCUGGCAUCUCCUUCGCCAUCCCCUCCGACAAGAUCAGAGAGUUUCUGACUGAAUCCUACGACAGACAGUCCCGAGGAAGAACUGGUGCAAAGAAAAGAUACAUUGGUGUAAGGAUGAUGACACUCACCCCAGAGUUAACCAAGGAGUUAAAGGUGCGACACAAUGACUUCCCUGAUAUCACCUCAGGAGCGUAUGUCAUAGAGGUGAUCUCUAAAACACCUGCAGCAGCCGGUGGUCUGAAGGAACAUGAUGUUAUAAUCUCCAUCAACGGCCAGCAGAUCUCCUCCGCAAACGAUGUCAGCAACAUUGUCAAGAAAGAUUCUACGCUGCGGGUGGUAGUGCGUCGUGGUAAUGAGGACACCAUAAUCACCAUCAUUCCAAUUGAGAUUGAACCUUGACCCCGAGCUCCACCCAAUUUUGGCACCAAUGGACCUUAUAUGGACAAGUGUUUUAAAACACGCCCCAUGGAGGAUCUAUGGCCAUUGGGACUCUGUGGCACCAUGUGCCAGUCCAGUUUAAGACUAACCAUUGAAGGGGAAUGGUUUUGCAAGGGAUCUCAGCAGAGUUGUAGUUUCUUAUCCAUUUGCAUUACACUUUUAUUAUUGUACACUUCUACUACUGCUUACUGUUAAACACAAGCCGUUGACCUGUUAUGAUCUGCAUUGUGUUGUUUUUUACUGAACCACCUUGACAAUGUAAGACAACGUACAGAGCAGCUCUGGGCUAGUUAUGUAAUAAUUGUUUUCUAAAUUCCCUUUCUAAGUACUGUAGUUGUAUGUUCAAGUUCAUGACAUUUGCAGAGAAGAUAAUAAAAAAGUAAUAGUG